UGUUGAGGGCAGGAGACGCAGAAUUCUGGAGUUAACGGGACCACAAGAAACACGUGUGGGACGGAGGUUGACUUUGGAGUUCCGCUAUACAGAACAUCUAACUGCGUUUCUUUGAGAGGACAACAACACCAGUCGCUACAAUUUGAGUUGUAUUUUUUAAUCCAUGUCCAUGUAAGAUUCUUGUUUCUGUUAUUUAUUUAUUUUAAUGGAAACUGCACCUCAUCACAGUGUGUAAAAUUUACGUCAAAAUAAGCUGAUCUCCAUGCGCGUUGUUAUUCCAUCCCAUCAGUGCAUAUGGAUUUAUUAAAAUUCCACGAAAGCAACUGGGAAAUACAUUAUCUCUACUAAGCAACAUUAAACAAGACCUUGAAUUCUGCAGAGGAAUGAUUGACACGAGAGGGAAUUGACGGAUUUGUGGAAUAACGGUGGUCGCUUUCCCUGGGACUUUUAAUGCUGGAUGGCCCCCUGAACGUCUUUAAAUCGUCCCGGAACGUUUUUAUUGUCAGACUGUCAAUGAGUGAAUGUGAAUCCUACCUGGAACCGUGAAUCCGACCAUUGUAUCGGGGUCUCAAUCGCUAUCAAUUUCUACCUGUUACAAGAGGGGGAUAAACUCCAUGCUAAAUUUCCUGCUGGGAAGGACUGCCGUUUCCAAUAGAAAUCCUGUGGAAUUGGAAUAGUGGAAUUCAUGAAGAAAUAUUUGACUUAUUUCAAGAUGAGGCUUAGAACAUCGAGAUUAGGCUACCUGUUACUGCAAUUUGUAGCCUUGUGCUUUUACACACAGAACUCUGUGCAAUCACACUCUCCACCUCCUAAUUUCAAGCACCAUGUGAACGAGCAGUGCAGGUUGUCUGACCGAAUGAGCCGCCGAUUGAUUCGGACAUAUCAGCUCUACAGCCGGACCAGCGGCAAACAUGUCCAGGUUCUGGGCAAUAAAAAAGUAAAUGCCAUGGGCGACGACGGAGCUGUGCACGCCAAACUUGUCGUGGAGACAGACACGUUCGGAAGCCGUAUUCGGAUUAAAGGGGCAAAAACCGGCUACUAUAUCUGUAUGAACAAGAGAGGGAAACUGACUGGCAAACGAAAGGGCCGCGGCAAAGAUUGUAUCUUCACCGAGAUCGUCCUGGAAAACAACUACACCGCGCUCCAGAAUGCUAAAUACGAAGGCUGGUACAUGGCCUUCACGCGCAAAGGAAGACCACGCAAAGCCUCCAGAACCAAGCAGCACCAGAGGGAGGCUCACUUCAUGAAACGCCAGCCCAGGGGCCACCUCCUGGGCGACACCCAGCCCUUUGAUGUCCUUCCCCUUCCUGUGGUCCCCUUUCACCCCCGGAGGACUAAACACGCCCAUCACCACCGCUCAGGGGCCCACUGAGGAAAAAAAGUAGAAGAAGAUGAAUAAUAGGGAUGGAAGCAAGCACACUGAGCUAAGACCAUUAUGGGCCCUGUGGCCAAUACCACUAUUACAUUUCUGCUCUUUGCAAGGACAUCUUUUGUAAUGAUUUGUACUGGACUGUAUCUAAAACAAUAAGGAGACUAUCUAAUCUGCUAGUUGUUCUACAUCAGAUGGAGAUUUAUCAGUAGGAAAUACUUUUUUUGUACCAGAGGACGAUUUUAGUUCAAGUACUCAAUGAGAUUUAAAUGAAUGAAAGGACAUUGCGGGUUUAGUGAAAAUCUUACUCAGCUAUAAGGAGUGUCAUGAGAAAGAAAUAGUGAUUACAAAUGACAUGGCAGCUAUCUUUGGAUCAUGUGGCUGCAUCAACUGAUUGACAGUGAAUACCAGUAAAAAUGUUUAAUUUAGGAUCUCAAUUUUGGUGCAUUUUUGUUUUCUACUUAUUGAAUAUAUUUUUUAU